AUGAAUUUCUCGGCAUUCGGCAGUCCGUUCUCGGGCUUUCAUCAGUUCUCGCCGAAAUUCGAGCCGCAAAACGGGAUUUGCAGCACCUUUUCCGAGCAAGAUGCCCUCAUCAAUCGCUACAACAUGCAUUCAACAAGUUCGAAUCAAGGCAUGCAAUACAGCCACAACUUACCAAAUUAUUCGAGUCAGGAGCACCAUUUCAUGAACCAAGAAGUAAAAUCCACAAAAAAUUACAACAAAAUUGAAAAGGAACGAGACGAGGCAUUCAAUCAACAGUUGUUACAACAAUGGCCUCUCAGUUCGAACGAGUAUCCAUCCCAUUUGCUCUCCGCCACACUCCCGAUCUCCAUUCAGCACUUUUUAAAAUACUCGGAGACGAUCAAAAAAGAGUCAAAUAACGCCAACAACGUCAAUAAUGGGAUGAAUUUCGGCACAGACUCGAAUAAUUUCAACGUCAAAGUCGAAGGCAAACAGCAACAAUCGCAACUUUCUACCUUCGAAAAUGUUCAAGUUCCAUCGAAUAACGCAUCUACCUCGCUGACAAACGGAAAUUUGGGUGUUGUAGCGACACCAACGGCGACAAAUGCGAAUAGCACGCAGGCUGCGACGACGCCCGGCACGAAAAAGAAACGCACACGGAAGCGUAAGAACAAAAAUAAUGCAGAUCCAGCGGUGCCGGCGCCGCCCAAAGAGAAGAAACAGCGGAAAAAGAAGCCGCCAAAGGAGAAAAAGGCGCGCCCAAAGCCCGGGCAAAUUCGGGAAACGACCGCAUUGGAUGGCUCGAAGCUUUUUUUGUGUCCCGAAUGUCAAAUGGCGAGUCCGCAUCGUCACAUGCUCGAGCAACAUGUCGUUUCGCAUGCCAUUGAGCGUCGUUUCGUGUGCGAUGUUUGCUUUGCGGCACUCAAACGCAAAGAUCACUUGACGCGACACAAGUUGAGUCACGUGCCCGAUCGACCUCACGUUUGCAACAUUUGCUUCAAGUCGUUCAAGCGCAAGGAGCAACUGACACUGCAUCACAUUAUUCACAGCGGCGAGAAGAAACACGUUUGUGGCGAAUGCGGCAAAGGCUUUUAUCGCAAGGAUCAUUUGCGAAAACACACGCGAUCCCAUAUCGCACGUCGCGUAAAGUCGGAAAUGACGACAAAUAAUUCGGCAACGAACGGGGAAGCAGCAACGACAACCGCAGCAGCAAGUGUCGCAAGUCCCGGACCUGUAACAGCACCCGCCGUUCGCACAACAAGUGCUAAUAGUAACACCUCCUGA